UAAAAAUAAUUACAGCAAGUUAAUUAACAUUUAUAAUUGAGACAGUGAAGUAAAUUUUCUUGUGCUUUUUUAUUGUUAGGAUUUUUAAAUAUAAUUAAUUAUUUAAAGAGUUUUUUAUCAGAGACUGAAAAUGCAGUUAAAACCACAGAAGAUGAUGACGAAACUUGAUUCUGAGAAGGACAAACCAUUAUAUGCGGCGACAAUAGAAGAAGCUCUUAAUGCUACAGGUUUUGGCAAAUACAACUUUGGGUUGCUGCUAGUCUGCAGUUGGACUUUGCAAGCGAUGGGAAUGGAUUUAUUCGGUACCAGCUUCGUUGUAGCUGCAGCGGUAUGCGAUCUAGGAUUGACAAUGCAACAGAGAGCAUUAUUGACUGCCACGCCGCUUAUUGGAGUUGUCCUCGGUGCUCAGUUAUGGGGCUAUGUGUCUGACACAAAGGGAAGACGGCUGACGCUGGUGCUGUCGAUGUCUGUUGGAUUCGUAUUUGCAGCUCUCAGUAGUUUUGCUCCGAACUGGAAGAUUAUGGCGCUCUUGAAACUGGCGUCCUCUACCUUCACAUCUGCAAGUAAUUCCGGCGCUUACACGUUGCUAGGAGAGAGCUGUUCAGAACGUUCUCGAGGAAGGUCCAUGUUGCUUUGCACUUGCUCCCUCAUGUGUUCCCAAGCUGUUGUUGCUCUAUUCGCAUACCCAAUCUUACCACUUGAAUUCGCCUAUUGGAUUGAUUUUCUGGGCAUCAACUACCGGCCCUGGCGUUUACUGGCUCUCGUGAUGUCGAUACCAUGCGCCGCUACCGCUUGCUUGUUGCAGCUGUUCCAUGAAAGUCCUAAAUUCCUAGUAUCUAGAGGACAGCAGGAGAAAGCCUUAGAUGUAUUGAAGAAGAUCUACGCGUGCAAUACUGGAGAAAAAGUUGACGAUUUUCCUAUUAAGAAACUCUUAGAUCAACCAGACGAGACCUCAAACCAAGAUUCAUUUCUGAAAGCCAUGUGGGAGCAGACAGCAGCUCUGUUCAGACCUCCUCUACUGAAAGUCACGCUCAAACUAUUCUACCUCGUCACAAUUAUUUACAUGACUGGCAGUGGCUUCAUCCUCUGGUUGCCUUACAUCAUGAACAACCUGUUCUCAGUUCUUGAGGCCGGUGGAGGACAGGGCAUGAACUUGUGCACUGUGAUUCGAUACUCCACAGAUGCCGUUGCAUUCGCUGGAAAUAAUACUGUCGUGCAAGAAGUCUGUAACGAUACAAUACAGGAGACUACUCUUCUCUCCGCCAUGUCGUAUGGCGCUUUAGCCAGUUCUAUAAACCUCGUACUCUCCCUCACGUGUGGCUCAAGAAAAAGAUUGGCCAUGAUUAUGAUAUUGACCGUAUCUGCGGCUGCUGCUAUACUCCUGAAUCUGAUCCCUAUUCCUAUUGCUGGUGGAAUAUUCUUCUUCUUCUUCUUAUUGUGUGCACUUUCAAUGGGCAUUCUCAGUGUUUACUUUGUAGAGCUGUAUCCCACUUCAUUAAGGGGUAUGGCAUCGUGCCUAUCUGUAAUGCUGGGCAGGUCGAGCGCAUUUUUGGGAGUUAACGCUAUUGGUGCCCUCAUAUCAGCGAACUGCGAAGCCACGUUUUACGUCUGGUCUGUGCUGUUACUCACUGCUGUGGCAUUCUCGUGGUUCCUACCUGAAGAUAAGAAACCAAGGAAAUGAAAAUCCUAUUUAAUUAUAAUAUGACAUUAACUUAAAGUCCAGAUGAACAUUACAGUAUAUCUCAUUCAGGAUAACGAUGAUGAUGACGUAACUAUUAUAGACUGCUUAUUUAUUACAAGAAAUUAAGGAUGCUUGAAUAUUGUACUAAUGAAUGUUUUUGAAUGAAUGAUAUAGGUAAGGCUGACGUAAGAUUAAAAAAAUAAUUAAAAAUUGAAUUUCGAAUUUAAUGAAAAAAAAAUGCUUAAAGGCUGCCAUAUAAGCGAAAUGUAUUGGACUGCAAUAGACUGCUACAGCUAAUAUUUAAAUUAAAUAAUUUAUUUGUUUUUAGGAGAUUAAUAUUUUUAUGUUUCUUUUCUUCUGUUUUGCAUUAUUGCUUAUAUAUUUUCAUUUUUAAUUUAGUUUUAAUUAUUAUGAUAAGUAUAAUAGUUAUACUAAAAUUCUGUUCGUUUAGAAAAAUAAUUUAAUGAAACGGAUCAAAAUCCUAAAAAAAAUAUUUUUGGAACAAGAACAUUGUUUUGUAUAACAUUGUACCUGAA